AUGUCGAAAUCAAUCAUCAACAGCAUCCCCUACCCCUUCAAAUUCAGCCCUCCGGUCGUAGAGAAGAAGGGAAAACUAGGGCAGACGGAGAACCUGACUACGACGCUUGUGAAUGUUCGAGGGAAGAUACCCUCGAUCCAGGCCUCUCGCUUGCGGACAAUGAUGCUCGAAGCACACAACAAUUCCGACAAGAUUUUGGCCCAUGCGUGCACUUACGAUGGUCUCUCAUCUCGCCUAGUCGAAGAAGCAGGCUUUCCCAUGGUCUUCUUGGCUGGUUAUGCGGUUGCCAGCGCCUACGGGCUUCCCGAUACCGGUUACAUUGCCAUGUCAGAAAUGUGCGACAAGAUUGGGGAGGCUGUGCGCCAGGUCUCUGUGCCAGUAAUGGCUGAUGGUGAUACUGGCUAUGGAAGUCCGCUGAACGUCAGGCGAACAGUUGAGAGCUUCGCUGAGGCUGGGGCUGCUGGUGUGAUGAUCGAAGAUCAGACUUGGCCUAAGCGUUGCGGCCAUACAAAGGGCAAGUCCGUUGUGUCGCGAGGCGAGGCAUACGCUCGAAUCCAGGCGGCAUGUGAUGCCCGGGAUCAAAGCAAAGAUAUUUUCGUUCUUGCCCGAACAGAUGCUCUGGUCGUUGGAUGGGAUGAGGCAAUGACGCGAGCCAAAGAGUUCAAGAGAAUUGGAGUCGAUGCUGUCUUUGUCGAGGCCCUACCCGACCGAGACGCUAUGCGCAAGUGCGUUGAAACACUGCAACUCCCUACGUUCGCAAACAUAAUUGAAGGUGGAAAGACCGAAAAUUUGUCAGCAAAGGAUUUGGCUGAACUCGGGUUUUGUGCCGUAGCAUAUCCGUGGACCCUCGUCGCUGCGAAGUUGAAAAGUGUGCGUGAGACGCUUGAAAGCUUAAAGAGAAGCAUGACAGUUGGUGCACCACCUAUGAUUUUGUCUUUUGAUGAAGUCUGUGAGGGUGUAGGUUUUAGGAAAUACUGGGAACUGGAAGAUCGGUAUAAAUAUGACGACGAUGGGCCAAUCAACGUCCACGUAUCUUCGCGCUGA